AUGUUUGCCCAGGCUUCGCCAUCAAUUUACCAGUCGUCGAAAUGCUUCGUUACGUACGGCUCUAUGGGCCACAUUGAUCCCAAGCAAUUACCUCACAAGAGCAAGCCGUGGUCUUCUUUGGGAUCAUUGGAUUUCGUCCACAAGGUUGAUCUGCUCAUCCCCCAAGAGCACUAUGAGCGACUGAGCAAUGUGCUGAUGCUCUCUGAGGGCAAAGUUACCGUUGACAACAUGUUCACUCUCAUCAACGGCACCUUGACAAUGUAUUUGGAGAAAGAAGUCUAUGAACGAGCGGGUUUAACAGGGAAACCCUACGGCAUCAAAGGCGACAGAGGUCUCAAGCCAAGAUGGACUGUCACUUAUGACCUUCGGAGCCCCUCGAUGCUUCACGGCAAGAAAGGGUUCGAUAGACUUAUGUAUGCCUGCAAGAAGGUCCUAAACCAACCGAUGAAAUGGCUCUUCUCUGAUGUUGGCCAGUCGAUUGAUUCUGGUCUUCUGGAAAAACUCUCGGCGACAAAGAUUGAUGUGAAGCCAGAAGUGAUCCAGCAUAUCAAAACAACACAAGUGGCACUAAAUAUGCCAGCAAGCGUACUAGCCGAAGGCGACAGGACCGACUUGGAACUUGUGGCGAGCGACUUGUACGAGUGGCUGUCACUUGUUCGACUCGAAAGUCCUCGGAUUGCUGCAAACGACGACGUGGAUCCAUAUAUUUCCAGGUACAAGGCCCCGGAUGGAACGGAUGACGAGAUGGAGGUUUGUAAGAUCACCUGGCAGGGUUUCAUGAGCACCAGCUGGAUUCGCCAACUUCUCGCCGAGACCAUCACACAUCAUUCCUCACAGUCGUGGUUGUCGUUCAGUGCGACGGAGCUCUCGACGGAUGUUGCCGCCGUGCAUAAUGAAGUGACGCUCCUGCGACCGCCCAAGACACCGGAGGAGUAUCUUAUGUGGGAGGUUAAAAGAACGAAGUGA